AUCAGAACACAGUUACAAUAGCGAGUGAACGCAAAGCAAUCAUUCUGUGGUGAAUUAGAACUGCAAGUCUUCUUAUAGCUAUUUGCUCCAAAAUGAAGAUUACCGUACUUAUUCUUGGCUUAAUCUGGAUGUUUUGUUUAUUUGCUGGCACCUAUGCAGAAUCAACAGAGGGGGAUUGCGGUGAAGAAGAAGAAACCACUAUCCAACCUAACACUUUAAUAAGCGAAUCUACUUUGGGGUUGCGUCGUCAGAAGCGCUUCACCUGCGAUCUGUUGAGCGGCUUCGGCUUUGGUCACAGUGCUUGUGCGGCUCAUUGUGCACUUCGGGGCAAUCGUGGCGGUUACUGCAAUGAUAAAGCCGUGUGCGUCUGCCGCAAUUGAAACCCAGUUACCGGGAGGGAAAGAAAGAAAUACAAUUUUAAGAUCAUAGCAAACAAACUUAUUUCAACAUUUUGGGUUGUAAAGGUUGUAAUAA